AUGGCUCCCGCUCAGGUGCCCCAGCCGCCCCCCUGGAGGGAUGCCCACCCCUUCUACCUCCUGUCCCCGCUGGUAGGCCUCCUCAGCAGGGCCUGGAGCCGGCUGAGGGGCCCAGGACCGCUAAAGUCCUGGCUGGAGGAAGCAGUAACCGGUGCAGACCAGGGAGAAGCUUGCCUGGAGGAAGCGACUAUGGCUGCUUUGGCCACUCACUAUGCCCCGUGGGGUGGGCACCCUCAGUGGGAGCCCAGAGACAGUGGAAGAGCUGUGGAGGAUGCCAGGUUAUUCUGGGGGGCCUGCCCUGCUCUAAAGGCCAGCAGUUCUCUUCUUGAAGCCUGGGAACUUGCAGAUGAUGAUGAUGAAGAAGAAUAUGGUGGGGAAGAAGCAACCAGCAUCCCUAAAGAGCAAGGAAGUGGCUAUGUAAGUGGCCAGCCAGCUCCCAGGUCCCUCAGCCUUCUGAGAACCCUGCUAGACCCUCGUGUGGAAGAGGAAACUGAGGAAGGAGGAGUCGCUGAGGAUAAAGUGGUCACAUUCUUUUCCCCUCCAUCACACUGGGAGGGUUGUCCAGGGAUGGAGGAGGAGGAAGAAGGAGAAGCUGUAAAUAAAGUUCCCAGAACAUCUACCUCCCCCUCAUCUCCAGGUUCCAAGCCCAGUGCUUGGGUGUGUGCUGCAGGGGAAGAGGCUGGAGCUGAGGAGGAAGAAAGAACAGAGACGAAAGAAACCAGGAAGACCUCCAUUAGCUCUUCAUCUGCAGACCCCUGCCCCAGCGCCUGGGAGUGUCAUUCAGGAGAGGAAUCUAAGGAGGGUGAAAAGGCUGAGGAAGAAGCUGACCCAGAGCCGCACUCCUCAGUUCUAAGCCCCAGGCCCUGGCACCAUCAACCCAAAGAGGAGGAGGACAAUGCUUCAGGGGAAACUGAGGGCCUGUCUACCAACCCCACCACGAGUGCUUUCACGAAGGCCUGGGUGUGUUGGCCAGGAGAGGACACAGAGGAAGAGGAAGAAGACAGUGAUUCCGAAGCAGCUGAGGAGGAGGAAGCUGAGAGUCCCUCUUCUAUUCCCCCUACAAGUACCUUCUUGCGGGCCUGGGUGUUCCAACCAGGAGAGGACACAGAGGAGGAAGACAGUGAUUGGGGAGAAGCAGAGGAAGAGGGAGAAGCUGAGGGUCCCUCUUCCAUCCCACUCACAAGUACCUUCUUGAGGGCCUGGGUGUACCAACCAGGGGAAGAUACAGAGGAGGAAGAUGAAGACAGUGAUUGGGGAGAAGCUGAGGAAGAGGGAGAAGCUGAGGAUCCCCCCUCCACUCCCCCAGCAAGUGUCUUGUUGAGGGCCUGGGUGUACCAACCAGGAGAGGACACAGAGGAGGAAGAGGAAGACAGUGAUUCAGGAGCAGCUGAGGAGGAGGGAGAAGCUGAGGGUCCCUCUUCCACUCCUCCAGCAAGUGCCUUGUUGAGGGCCUGGGUGUACCGACCAGGAGAAGACACAGAGGAGGAGAAUGAGGAUGAGGAAGAUGAUUCAGAAACAGCUGGCUCGGGCCCAAGUCCUUCCCUUCAGGUUCAGAGCGCCCUCCUCAGGGACUGGACAUACCCACCUGGGAAGGAGACAGGGGGGGUGGAAGCCGCUGAGGAGGCUGAGCCCUUCCGAGUGGCCCUCUAUCUCCCAGGAGAGAAGCCACCACCUCCCUGGCCUCUUCCUCGGCUGCCCCUCCGACUGCGAAGGCGGCUCAAGUCUGCAGGAACCCCCACCCAGCAUCCGGACCCCGAGGCUCCCCAGGCGGCCAGAAAGGUGCACUUCUCUGAGAAGGUCUCCGUCCAUUUCCUGGUCGUCUGGGCUGGACCCGCCCAGGCUGCCCGAAGGGGCCCCUGGGAGCAGUUUGCCCGGGACCGAAGCCGCUUUGCCCGCCGCAUCGCCCAGGCUCAGGAGACACUGGGCCCCUGUCUCACCCCUGAAGCCCGGGCCAGGGCCUGGGCACGCCUGGGGAACCCCCCCCCUCUGGCUGCCACACCUGCCACGGCCCAGCCCGCGCCCACGUCCUCUGUGCAGGCCACGCCGGUGAGCCAUCCGGGGCCUCUCCCUCCCCUCUCUGUGUCGGUGUCCCCCGCCUUACACCUCAGUGGGAGGCGUGGCUAG